CUGCUAUAGUAUAAGGGCGGUACAGUUGCCAGUGCCUACUUGCACGCAUCAGCCAGUGAAGACGGAUAUAAAUAGUAGGCUAACAGUUAAUUUGUUAGGUAAGGAAUUCGAGAGGGGCCUGGCUGUGAGAAUUUGAUACACGGACAGGUAACUCAAGCAUUGCUGAUUCUCGGUGUAUCCAGUCCAUAUAUAAGUCCUCAUCGGCUGACAUCAGUCACCACAAAGCCUUACAUCCUCUGCUUUGGACACCGGCAAGGCGAGACAAUCAAAGCGGAUUAAUAUGUCACUCACUUCUAUCCUUUCCGCGGAGGAUAUUGAGAAUGCCGUUAAGGAGUUCCAAGCCCCAGACUCCUUCAGCUUCAAGAAGUUUUUCCAGCUGUGUGGCCUGACCUCCAAGUCUCCCAAAGAAGUCAAAGAUGUCUUCCAGAUCCUUGACGACGACAACAGUGGCUACAUCGAGGAGUCAGAGCUCAAGUUCUUCCUGCAACGGUUUGUUCCCGGGGCGCGGACACUGACAGACGCUGAGUGCAAAGGCUUCCUGUCUGCGGCUGAUGAUGACAACGACGGCAAGAUCGGAGUAGAAGAAUUCCUGAUCAUGGUCCAGUCCUGAGAGAUCCAUGGGCGCAGAGAGAGCAGCAGGUGUUCGUUCUCCUCUCCUUCCUCCAGCUUCCAGCCUCCAGUCUACUUCCUCAAGCCUACAGCAGCCUCCAUUCCUGGAAAUUUGAUUUUCUCUGUCCUGCUUGAAUUGUACCCUUCAAGUUUGAUUUUUGUCAGAGCCCCUCUCGAUUCAAUUACAUUUUGAAUCCAUGAGACCAUUUUUUUUGCCUUUUGAUUAAGUUCUAGAAGGUUGUAUAGCUGUAUCGCUCCAUGUUUCCUUCCAAUGCACACCACAUUGUCUAUCAAAGAAAUGAAUAAACACAUUGUAACUUA